CACCUAUUGCGAGACGAGGCAGCAAAAACCGAGCAGAAGAAGGGUCGUUCAUCAACUCCUCCGCGAUCACAACGAAACCUCCAUCCCUCCCGAGGAUUCACUCAAAGUUGCUGAGAAAAUUAAAGAGCAAUAUUCAUACGUGUGUCCCGAUAUUGUCAAGGAAUUUAAGAAAUAUGACCAAGAGCCAGGAAAAUAUUUUACAAAAUAUCAGGGCGUGCAUAGUGUUACCGGAAAGCCUUAUGAAGUAGAUGUCGGCUUUGAACGUUUCCUUGGACCGGAAAUUUUCUUUAAUCCAGAAAUUGCUUCAUCUGAUUUCCUAACGCCCAUACCUGAUGUUAUUGAUAAUGUUAUUCAAUCUUGUCCAAUCGACACUCGACGUGGUUUGUACAAGAAUAUCGUACUUUCUGGCGGAUCAACAAUGUUCAAAGAUUUUGGUAAAAGGCUUCAGAGAGAUAUCAAGAGGGUUGUUGACGCGAGAAUAAAGAGAAGUGAAGAGCUUAGUGGAGGAUUGUUGAAGUCCACCCCAAUUGAUGUAAACGUCAUUUCACACAAGAAACAGCGGUAUGCAGUGUGGUUUGGAGGAUCGUUACUGGGAUCAACGGUAACUAAAUGA